AUGGAUCGUAACGCAGAGUUCAAGAGAUGGAAGGCACAGGGUCUGAGCAAAGCAGACCUCAGCCGAAAGGGCAGUGUGGAUGAGGAUGUGGUAGAACUUGUGCAGCUCCUGAAUGGGCGAGAACAGUACUUCACCACGAGUUCCUGCGCUGGGCGCAUCAUCCUCCUAGAUGGGAAUAUAAAUGGUUUUGAGGUUCAAAAGCAAAACUGUUGCUGGCUACUGGUCACACACAAACCUUGUGUAAAAGAUGAUGUGAUUGUAGCUCUGAAGAAAGCAAAUGGUGAUGCCAUUUUGAAAUUUGAACCACUUAUUCUUCAUGUGCAGUGUCGACAGUUACAGGAUGCACAGAUUCUGCAUUCAGUGGCAAUAGAUUCUGGUUUCAGGAACUCUGGCAUAACUGUGGGAAAGAGAGGAAAGACUAUGUUGGCUAUCCGGAGCACACAUGGCUUAGAAGUUCCAUUAAGCCAUAAAGGAAAACUGAUGGUGACUGAGGAAUAUAUCGACUUCCUGUUAAAGAUAGCAAAUCAAAAAAUGGAGGAAAACAAGAAGAGAAUUGAAAGGUUUUACAACUGCCUACAACAUGCUUUGGAAAAAGAAACUAUUACUAACUCACAUCCCAAAGAGAAAAUCAAAGACAAAAAUAAUUCAUCAUAUACUCAUAAGAAAAAAAGAAACCCAGAAGCAUGUGGCAAAUGUAUUGAAGAAAAUGAUAAAGAACUUGAAAAUGAUGAUGAUCCAGGAAUCAGUGUUACUAUCUUCCCUGAAGAUUACUAA